AUGGGUUCCGAACAAGAGAAAGGUUACGAGAGCCGCACCGGGCAGAGCGAAAUUCCCGUCCUGAAAGACGAUGCGCCUGUUGAGACGACCGAGUUCAACGACCGCGAGGCUGCCGAUUCUGACCAGCAGCUUGAGCGCGAUGAGAAGGACGCCAUCGACCAGGACAACAUUCUUGACGAGCGAACGCGCGGUGCGACCAAGAAGUCUGGCACCUACACUGAACCUGGCGACGACGAGGGUCUCGAGGGUGCCGUCGAGGCUAAUGAUGGUACUUCCUCCGGUCGCCAGUAA